AAAUCGAGGCGCGUUGCGGCGAGUUUCCAAUCGGUGGUGUGUGGGGGGGGGGGCAAACGCUCCGCAACUUCCGGCGGGGGGCCUCCCGCGAGUGUUAUUUAUUUAUUAUUUACCUCGCCGCUCGCGGCCGCGUCGAGAGUGGCCGCUCGCUGCUGCAGCCAUGGAGGACAGGACAGAGCGCCGUCCGUCCGACUCGCGACAGAGCCAAGACUCGCAGCUUCACAUCAAGUCGGAGGCUUGGUCGACCGUCCCUGUCAAGUCAGAGGAAGUCAGGGAGCCGUGCCUGCCCGGAAACCCGUCGGCAGUGCUCUGUGAGCAAGACGGGCAGGGCCUAGACGUCGACUGGCUGAAGGUGGAAAUUGCGUGCGACGGAACGUACAACCAGAGCGACGCUGCGGACCCUGGCGGAGCGGCCAGCCCUGCGUGCGACCAGCAGCAGCUCUGGUACCAGGGCCCAGACGUGCUGGACUCGGGCGAGGUGUCCCAGGACGAGGGCCAAGCCACUGGAGGCGCAGAAAAAUUCCUGUCUGUGAUUCCAAAGCUUCAAGACAUCUCAAAGGUGCUUGAUCGGUUCCCCAAGUACAACCGCAUCCUCGUGUACUACUACCUGUGCAAGGGCAUGCGCACGCAGGAGAAGGCCAACCCGCUAAUCGCUGAGGCCGCAAUGAGCGCCGGGGUCACCUACCGGCACGUCUACAACUUCAUCGGGAACUUCCGGCGCGCCAGGGGGGAGUCGAAGCAGCGACCCCCGCGAGUGUGGGAUGGCGAUGAGGACCUGCUGGCCAGCCUGGACCUUAGCCUCAACUCGGCACAGUCGGGGCCUCCGCCAGCCCCGUCGGCUUCCAACGCCGCCCGCAAGCCCGGUGCGGUGGACGAGGGCCGGGAGGGGGCGCCGGAGGGCAACGCGGCCGCCCAGGCGCCGUGCCCGCCGCCCGGCGAGAGGCGCGGCGGGGGGGAGGAGCCCGCCGGCGAGGAGCCGCGCGAGAUCUUCCAGCACGUCAAGAACCUGCAGCGCUUCCCCAAGUACAACCGCGUCCUCGUCUACUACUACCUGUACCGCGGCAUGCGCACGCAGGAGAAGGGCAACGCUCUCAUCGCCGAGGCGGCCGAGCGGGCCGGCAUGUCCUACCAGCACGUUUACAACUUCAUCGGCAAUUUCCGGCGGGUGCUGGGGCAGGCAAAGACGCGCGUGCGGAGGGAACCAAACUGGUAUGAGACGGGUUUCCCCAGCGCUGGCGCCGGCACCGGCGCCACGGUGACAUCUUCAUUCCAGUCGAUCCCCCCGAAACUGGCGCAGCCCGAGAACCAGGGGUUGCCAAGCGGACACUGGCCCGACGGCGCCGGGAAGGCAGACGUUCACAACGACUCGAGCUUUGAGGCCCUGCACGGCUGGGGCGAGAGGGAGGAGCCUUCGGAUGCGGAGGCGAGCCGCACGGCGGAGUCGGAGAGCUCCCACGCGGAGUCGCCACAGCAGGCCGACGUGGUGACAGCGGCCGGUUGCUCGCUGGCGGACGACAGCUGGCCGUGCCUCGGCGGGUACGCCGACGACAAGCUGCCAGAGCCCGACGGGGGCGUGCCGUGCAUUGGGGACGAGCGCAUGGAUGAUACCCCACCGUGCGAAACUGAGCAGCCGCCGCCGCAGCCGCCGCAGCCGCCGCCGCCGCCGCAGCAGCAGCUGCAGCAGCUGCAGCAGCAGCAGCAGCAGCCUCAGCAGCCACCACAGCAGCAUCAGCAGCAGUCGGGAAUGGUGGCUUCCCCGUGCAAACGGCCCUGCUCGCGACCGGCAGAGGAGACCUGUGCAACGAUGGUGGACAUGGCAAGUCCUGAAAAGUUCCUCGCUGAUCUGCGCUCAAAUAAAGAACUGGCAAAGAAGCUGCAGCGCUUCCCCAAGUACAACAGUGUCCUCGUCUACUACUACCUGUACCGCGGCAUGCGCACGCAGGAGAAGGGCAACGCUGUCAUCGCCGAGGCGGCCGAGCGCGCCGGCGUGCCCUACCAGCACGCCUACAACUUCAUCGGCAACUUCAGACGCGCGCUGGGCGAUGCCAAGACGCGUGGCGUGAGGGACAAGAGCCCUUUCCAGAAGAUGAACUUUCAAUCGCCGCUCGCGGGUCAGGGCAAAGCCAAGAUGGGCCCCCUCCCCUCGGCCAAAGCAAAGCUGCUUCACGCCACCGCUGGUGCCCGGGAGCCUCCAGGUCUCACCGCAGUGGCUACGCCGCCACCCCCCUGUGGCCGUGACGAGAGGGAGCCUUGCCCUCCCGUGACCCCUGACAGCCCGUCAAGCACCAUCCGCCGCAACCUCCUCCGCAUCCAGCAGCUGAUGGAGGAGAACCAGCGUCUGGGCUGCGAGGGGCUGGGCCUGGCGGUGCGCUUCCCUCCCGACGCGGCGGCGGCGGCCGGGCAGCAAGACGGCGCGGGGCCCCUGGUGUGGACGUUCGGCUCCAAUGAGGGCCUCCUCCUCAUGGAGGACAACAGCAUCCAGAGCUACCUCACCCUGCUGUGGAGGGCCAAGCGCUUGAGGGACGCCAAUGAGAGACGAGCUCUGUCGCUAGGUGGAGACGGCACAAAGGUGUCCAACGCCUCCGAGCACGGCCACUUCGGCGACAAAGACGAAGGGCGUGCCCUCGCGGAGACGAACGCGGAGACGCGCAACGGCCUCGACGCCGCCGCCAACGCGGGCCCAACCCGCGGCCGCUUCCCCGGAUUCCCGGAGCCUUGCAGGCACCACCACGUCUCUACUGCCGGAGCGGGCCUCUCUGAUGGGGGGCGACCGCGGGCCGCCCGCGGCGGUGGCGCUGACGCCGGCCAGGGCUUUGCGCCGGCGGCGCCGGACUUUGGCCAGCCUCCGGCGGAAUGCCCCUCGGCGGGCUUCCGCCAUCAGCAGCAGCAGCAGCAGCCUAGGUACAUCAACGCGUUCACGCAGACGUCCUCGGGCAGGCCGAACGGGCUGGAGCACAUGGGCAGGAGGGCCGAGUCGCCCGCGCAGUUUGUCAUGGCGCGGUCGCCCGGUCUGCACUGGAACCCCCCGCUGGCGAGCCAGGCCCCACCACAAGCAACGCAGGACGUGCAAUAUGACAUGUGGUGAAGGGCCCCCGUUCGGUGACCCUCGGCGAACGCCGCGCGUCUCUCAAGAGGCAUUCGCCUGUUCGGGAGGGCUGCGACCGCAGCGAAAGGAGCGAGGAUGGAACGGACCUUUGUGCACUCUUCGUCACUUCCACUGAGAUGUCCGUAGAGACUUCCCCCACGAGCGGAGGAUUGGAUCAAGUGUUGGAGAUGGCUGUGCCGCCGUUGUGGACCAAAUGUAGGAAAGUGCCUCUCGUGUGUCUGUAGCGCCUUCACUGGCAGAUCAGGAGUAUGCAUCGUUUCUCUGGUCUCUCUCGUAAAUGCAAGCUCGUGUAGUUUAUGAUUUAAAAAUCAAGUCUUCUAAAACGGUGUAGUUUAUUUCAUUUUUUUUAGCCGAAGAUGAUCCAAGUUGGCUACUAAUCUGCAGUUUUCAUAAAUAGAAGGUAAGGCAUAUGUUACAACAAGCUGAUUAAAAUGGGACUUCAGGCCAAAAAUAAACUCCUAAAAAAAAGUUUUUUUUUAUUAAACAACGGUUUUAUUAACAACUUCGUUUAACUCGCGGUUGAGAAGUACGUCAAUGGCGCCUGGGACACACGUCGCCUGCUUUGUGUGCGAGCCGAUUCCACAGUUUAGGGACCGCGGCGUUUUUGAGCUACACAAAUAUAUAUAAUUAAUAAGCUGUCCAUACAAAAAUUGUAAUUGCUUGAAAGGAGGCAAUUAAUUUAUGAUUUGAUGCCGAUUUUGAUACAGGCAUGCAUUGUCUCCGGAUCUGAGUACUGUGCAAAAUUUGGAAGUGAUUGGACAACAGCAAGUAGACUAACUUUUGAUUACAAGAUUUGACCAUGACAGACACAAGUGAAGUUAAAUAAAACCGUUGAAUAACACAUGAUGUAUUUGGAGGUAUUGUUAUCCUUCACGCCAGGCGGUGCACAAUGACAUUAUUCAUAAGUUAACACAAGUGUGGGGCGUCACGGUGCCGAGAUGUUAACUACCUUGCCUGGUCUACAGGAGGUCGUGGGUUCUAUCUGGACCCUGACGCCUGCUGUAUAUUUGGAUUUUGCAUGUUCUCCCCGUGGUCGUGUGGAUUUUUCUCUG